AAUCAAUUUCUCUUUUGCAGAGCCUGUGAUUUAAUUCUUGUAGAUACCUGGAAAAAAUUGCCAUGUUUCCAUCGAGGCCAACUGGACCCCAGCAACCUGGCCAUCAUGUGUUUGAACAGGGAAUGCAGCAAGGUGUUCCCUUUCACCCACAGAGUGGUAAUUUCAGGCCUGUGCAAUAUCAAGUUCCAACCUAUGGACCUGUCCUGGCCUCGGCAGCAUCUUAUGGUAGAGGGCUAGGCCUGCCUGCAACGUCUCCAUUUGUUGGAUCCAGUGUGGGGAUGAGUGUUGUCCCUCAGCAGCCUGGAGUUGGGAUGCCGCAAUAUGCUUGGCCUCAACAGGGCAUUCCACGAGUCCAAGGCCUCUCUUGUGGUCCAGCUCAAUACCCUUCAUUUUAUCCUAUGAUGACAGCUGUUCCUUGCCCCCCAAAUGCUCCUGUGCAGGCUCUUGGUUCAUUGCGACCUGAAUCAAAGCAGCAGCACAAUAUGGAUGAACAUGAACUCACUAGGCAGCGCCACUUCUUUGAGCAGCAGCACAGGCUGAAAGCCUUCCAUCCUGGUCAGGGGACAAGAUCAGCUGAAGAUUUCAUUAAGAGCAUGAUGGGGACAGUACCAGAAAAAAAAGAGACCAAGAAAGAACCAGGGAUUCAAGAGUCACCUGAGCAAGCUAUCCCAUCUGAAAGCAAUGACUCUUUUGGGGACUUUGUUUCAUCUGGCUCCUCAAGUGAACUCCCAUCCAUGAUGCCUGCAGGGGGUUCUUGUACACAGACAUCACAGGUUGCUCCUGUGGGUGGAAUGCAAGAGAUGCCCCAAGUUACUGCUUCACAUGAACAGAAAAAAGAAGUCCCUGCUGGUCCUAAAUUGGAGGACCUGAUGGAGCGAUUCUCUGAUCUGAGUCACCCAUCCAAAGGGAUGGAUUUCCAUAAGAAGAAGGCAGUUAGGGACCUGGAGGUGGGACAUAAGGCCCAGGUAUCUCAUACCUUCCAGGCGAGUGGGAAAGCUGUGAACUGGUCCCAUCUCCCUGAUGUCCAGGGAAUGUUCACUCUGAGGUCACAAAGUGACAGGCCUCUGGAGGGAUCAGAUGUGGUGUUGCCCCGAUGGCUGAUCGAUCCGACUGCACAGCGACCUGAGUUCAAGUACUGGCUCUCAGUAGUCAUGGGAGAGAAUGGACACUUGGAUGUAGGGAAAGUGUUUGCCCUCCUGUCUUCAUCUGGCCUCAGUCGUGAAGGGCUCGAGAGGAUCUGGAAUGCAGCCCGAGAGGAUGCCAUCCCAGGAUCCCCACUCACUCCGCUCCAGUUCAUGACCACACUGGCCAUGAUUGCAAUCGUUCAGGGUGGAGGUGAAGUGCCUUCAAUGCUGUCUCUGAGAAAGCUAUCUAAUUGUCCCAUCCCAUGGUUGAACAUUCAGAGGUCUCAGCCAUCUCCCCUUGGUGGGACUCAACCUCCUCCUUCUCCUCUGGCAGCACAGUCUUCUCCCCCUACGGCAGCACAGCCUACUCAGACAAUACCGCCUCCUGUUCAGACAACACAACUACCUCCCGUUCAGAUGGGCCAAUUUCCUGUUCAGGUGAUACAACCUCCUCCAACUCAAGUGAAUCAACUUCCUCCAAUUCUGAUGAAACAUCCCCCUCUAUCUGCUGGUGCCCAAGUCCAGUCCACUUCUGAUCAAGAUGAAGAUGAAUGGAGUGACUUCACAAGUGCACCAGUGGAUCAUACAACUCCAUCUGUUAGUGCCUAUAUGACUAAACUUCACAUGGGAGGGGAGGUGGGAUCCAAAUCACAAUCACAAGACACUGUCAGUUUGAUGUCAUCUGAAACCAGAAGUGCAUCCCAGCCUCAAUCCAAAGAUUCCACAGAUGACUUUGGAGACUUUGAGUCGGCCCAAUCUAGUUCCAUCCCUCCGAAGCAAGGCAUGUCAUCUCAGGAUAAGUAUUCUGCCCUGAGGGAACUUGAGGAAUGCUUGGAAGACAUUGAGAGAGAAGUGGGUCCAUCCAGCCAGAAGACUCAGCCUCCAGAUCUUCUCAAAUGGGACUUGUUAGAAGGAUCAGAUGUAGUGGAUACAACUGAGACCAAGUUCACACCAGAUUUCUCAGCAUUUCUGACAGCAGAAGCUCCUAAGGGCUCUGAGACACAUGCUAGCCACACAAAAGUUCCUUCUCCACCGGAGAUUUUUGAGUGGGACAUGGGAGCAUCUAAUCAAGACUGGGGAGACUUCCAGCAGGGCAGUUCAGAGACCCCCAGUGGUGCACCUGCUAUAGCAGAGAAAACCCAAGAUGAUUUUGCAGACUUCUUGGCUCCUCGUACUCCAAAGGCAACCGAUGAGACAGUCUCCCUGGCAAGCCUUGAGUUGGCAACCAUGAACCUGGAUGGAGGCAGCCGUCAUGGAUCCACGCCGAGUCUCGAUCUGAAGAUGUACGCCAGGGACGAAAGUCCGGCAUCCAUCGAUGACCCGACCUGGCAUGUGACCCAGGUCCCUCAAGAUGAAGUCAAAGGUCUUGUCUUCAAUGUUGCUCCUCUGCUGGGGUCUGACAAGUAUAGUUCCUUCAGGGAUCUGGACAGUGAGUCGGCCGGUCAGAGCAGCUGCACGUCGGAAAAGAUGCGGGUCCAUGAGAAGUCCAUCGUGGACACGUGGGGUUCGCUUCUCCCCUUCUUUAAGAAAGCCAAUGCCGACGUGCGUCCCGAAGACGUGGCGCAUCCGCCCCCAAACGCCUUGGGAGACUCCCCCGACAACGCAUGUGGGAUCUGCCUCUUGAGCACCGAACACGAAGGAAGCCGUCGGGUGAACAGGCACCUGGUGUCUUACGGGGGACGCAGGUACCAUGCAGCCUGUGCCAACUUCUGGAUGGCCAAGGCCCUAUUGAAGGAAGCACGGGAGUUAAUCCGCAACAAGGACUAUGAGGGAGCUCUGGCCAUGGCGCAGCGUGCGUUGGAGUCAGACGCGGGCAAUUACAUGGCCCUGGUCAUGGUCGGGGCGGCGGCGCAGGAGCUCCCCGGUCGCUACGAGACGGGCAUCCAAGCGCUGCGGGAAGCGGCGGCCAAGAACCCAGAGCAGCCGGUGGCGUGGCAGGGCCUGGCCUCCCUGUACGACAAGGUCGGCGAUCACCUGUCCCUGGUCGAGGUCUACGAGAAACUCCUCUCUCUCGUCGGAUCCGAUCGGGAGAAGGCGGUGGAGUACGGGAUGAAGCUGGGCCGGGCGCACCAGAAGUGCGGGUCCCUCGACGACGCCGUCGCCUCGCUCCUCGCCGUGCUGGAGCCAGCCAAGGCGACAGGGAAGCAGGAUUCGUUGUGGAGGGCGCUGCUGGACGCCUUGAAAGGGCAGAAAUCCCUGAAUCAGGAGCAUCGCCUCUUGCUGGAGGAGGUCCUGGCCGAGGUCCGAGACGGCGACGCGGACGAGCUCCUCUACCUCGAGACGCUGAAACUGAACCAGAAGUGGGACAGAGCGAGCGAGCAGGCCCGGGCCGUCAUCGGGAAGUCCCCGGCGCUAGGGAACAGGGUCCUGGAGGCCAUCGCGGAGGGCGUGGUCAAGGGGCGUAUCUCAUGGGACCUGUCCGACUUUCGGGAUCUCCCCGGUGAGGGCUGGGUGGCUCUGGUGAAAGCGAGAAAAUCCUUUCAGGAGUGCAGAUUCGUGGAAGCUCGGUCCCUGGCCGAAGAGGGUCUGAAGACGUGUCGGUCCUCGGAAGGGUUCCUCGUGUUGUUGGAGAUCCAAACAAGGCAGUGCGACUGGACCGCAGCGUGCGAAUCUGCGCAGCAAUGCUUGCAGAUGGAUUCGGCGUGCCAGACGGCUAUUCUCAGAGCGGCACGUGCCUUUCUUCGCUUGGAGAAACCGAACGAGACGCAAAAUAUGUUGCAGAAGCUGCCUUCGUCAUCUCCAGAGGCGGAAAUCCUGGAAGCAAAGGCUCGUUUGAACCUCGGAGAUCUAGAAGGCACCGAAAAAUUGCUCGUCGGCCGCACUGAUGUCGACGCAUCGAUGCUGAAGAUCGAUAUCGCUCUCGACAAGUCCGAAAAUGUGGACGAUUUGCUCGUCCGGCUCGAAUCAAAUCACGGAAGCGACCGAAAGGCAUUGUUAUUCCUCGGUCGACACUACCUGAACCGCAACGAAACGACGGAGGCCCUGAAGCGCCUCCUCCAGGCCGCAAAAGCCGACCCCUUCGACAUGGAAGUGUUCCUAGCGCUCGGCCACGCGUACCGACGGACCGGGACCGGAGCCGAGAGAGCCGUGAAGUGUUACCAGAAGGCGCUGAGCUUCAACCCGACCCACGAGGAGGCGGGAGUCUCGCUCUUCGACACCCUCGCGAGGGACCUGAAGCGAGUGGACGAAGCGGAGAGGUACGUGAAUGGGGUGUGCGAGGCGAGGUCCCCUCACGAGGCGCGGUGGGCGUGGCUCCGUCGCGUCCGGUUCCUCCCCCCGUCGGAGAGCGUGCUCAUCGUUCAGAGACUCCUUCGGGCGGAUCCGACGAGUUACAUCCUGUGGAACUCCCUCGGGGAUGCGUACAUGUGGAGGGGGGCGUACGCGUCUGCCUUGAAGGCAUUCGGGAAGUCGGUGGAACUGAAGGAGAAUCUGUACGCGCGGUAUCGCACGUGUCACCUCAAGCAGAAGCUGAGUCAGUUGGACGAGGCCGUGCGAGACCUCCGGGAUCUGUUGGCGCAGCAUCCUGGAUAUCUGCCGGCCUUGGUGGCUCUGGCUGAGUCUCUGCUCCUGCUAGCACGGAAGGACACAUCCAAGGCGUUGGACGAAUGCGCCGCGGACAAGCUGCAGGAGGCCAUGGAGGUGCUGGAGAAAGCCCUGGAGCGGCGGAAGGACCUGGUGUGCGUGUGGAAGACCCUGGCCGAGUGUCUGGUCCUGGCCUCCAGGAUCUCCAGCGUGAGAGUCCCGGCGUGGCUGUCCGCGAAAGGGGAGAAGCGAGACCUCCUGCUCCUCGCAGCCAAGUGCCUCUGGAAGUGCAUUUCCCUCGCGGAAGGCCUCGCGUCGCUUUGGGUCGAUUUUGGGAUCGUGUUGUGCGAGGCGUGCGACUCCGGAGGGGAGUUCGGCGAGCAGGCCGAGGCUGCCCUGAGGAAGAGCCUGGUCCUGGACCCGAGGGACUGGAGGGCCUGGAAUGCCCUCGGAUACCUGAAAACCAAGUCGAAGAACUACCCAGAGGCACAGCACUGUUACAUACAAGCCAUCAGAUGCCAAUCGACGAAUCCCGUCCCGUGGACCAACCUCGGGACGUUGUACCUCUCGACAGGAGAAGUCGUUCUGGCGAAUCGGGCCUUCUCGGCGGCCCAGGCCCACGAGCCGUCGUAUCCGAUGUGCUGGGCCGGACAGGCCUUCGUCGCCCGACGGGUGGCUCGAGACAAGGCGUUGGACGUGUUUCGGCAUUGUGCCGCCCAGCUGGAAUUUUUCCCCGCCGGUUCGCUCGGCUACGUUCACUCGGUCGCAGAGAAGCUCAUCGACGCCCAGUUUCGCCGGACGCCGGAUUACCAGGUGGAGAUCGUGAGGUUGCACGCAGUCGCAGUGGCCUGCGAUGCGGCGACCCGAGUCGUCACUCGAACGCCGUCCAGCUCCUGCGCGUGGAACCUUUUGGGAUUGAUGUCGGAACGCUUCGGGACGCUAAGACACGCGGCGUCCUGCUUUACGAAGGCGCUUGAAUUGGACCCCGAGAACGACACGGUGAAGCGAAACCUGGUCCGGGCUCUGGUCCGAGCCGGCCGUCACGAAGAAGCCGUGAACCUUGCGGCGGGACUCGACCCGGCCGACUUCCACACCCGAUGCUGGCUGGCCCUGGCCCUCCACUCGCAUGGGAAAGCGGAUGAAUCCUACGCCGCUUACGAGUCUGCGCUUAACCUCUCCUCGGGAUCGGAGCGAGGCCUUGCCCUGGUCGCCAUGGGGACGACGGCGUACGUCUCCCGGGGACCCGAGGCGGCCAAGGGCCUCCUGUUCCAGAGCUCCCAGACCGACGACCCGCCCAAGGAGGGAUUGACGGCUCUCUGCGCCUUGGGCAUCCUCUCCUCCGACGCCCUCCUCGCUUCCGCGGCCCUCGAGGAACUCCGGGUUCGUGGAGAAGGCGAGGACGCGACCGCGUUCGAAGCGUGUCUGUCCGUGAUGCGCGGCGACGCGACGCGCGCCGUUCGCACAAUCGCCAAGGCCAUCCACGAGCACCCCGAUCGCAGCACGCUCUGGAAAUUCCUAUCCCUCUUUCUCGUUCGGUUCCGCAGCGGGAACGCCCGAGUGGCCGGACGGUGUGCGUUCGUGGCGGCCCACCUGUCGCCUCAGGACCGAAGGGUGUUGCCCCUCGCGGCCCUCUGCCACCUGAUGGCCGGGGACGGUCCCGGGGGUCUCCGCAUCGCCCAGACCGCCCUGCACCUCUACCCCGACGACCUGAAGAUGUGGUGCACGCUCCUGGCCGCCUACCACGCGGUGCAUCGGGCCUCGCGGCUGCCCUGGGCCGCCCGGCUCGUCAAGACCCUGCGGAGGCGCAAGGACGUCGCGAGGCCGCUGUCCCAGUGGCUCGCCUGCUACGAACGGGGCAUCGCCAUGGACCUGAAGGCAUGA